AUGGAGAACAAAAAUGAAAACAGUGAAGUUAUUUGUUUAGAAGAUGCCAUAACGCUAGCCAAUUAUAAUAGAGAAAAUACAUUGUCAUUUGAUAAUGUAAAUGACAAACUGUUUUUAAAUCAUACAAUAUUAGUGGAUAAGAGUAUGGAUGUUUUUAACAUGGACGUUAAAGCGUAUCAAAAAAGUGAAUACCAAAGAAUUUUUAAUUUGAACUCCCAAAAAUUUAUAGAAGACCCUAAAUUUGCUUCAGAGCCACAUGUCAAAGAAAAAAAUAAAAAUCAAAAAAAGAAGAAAUCAAAAGCUGGCAAUGUUAUUGAACCUCAAAUACACAUGGUUUUUAGUUUCUUUCUACCUUUUAUAGGAUGCAUUUCUUAUUUAUUCAACUUAAAAUAUGACGAAACAACACCUCGACGUAAAUAUGUUAACAGGGCAUUGUGUGUAGGUUGUAUUAUGAGUGUUAUAUAUUCCUUUAUUAUGUGCUCACUUUUGGGGCAUUAUAUAUAUCAAUAUAAUUCAGAAGACUUAUAUGGAUAUACAUAUUAA